ACAACAAAUACAAAACGGAGACAGUUCAUAAAGUGUGAUUUGUUUAUGGAGAAACAUUGGUAAAAAUAAAAGGUCGCAACUGUUACGUCAUGUGUCUCGCGAAGCUGCACUACUUUCACUUUCAUGUAUCAGGAAGAAGAAGAAGAAGAAGAAGAAGAAGAAGAAGAAGAAGAAGAAGAAGAAGAAGAAGAAGAAGAAGAAGAAGAAGAAGAAGAAGAAGAAGAAGAAGAAGAAGAAGAAGAAGAAGCAGCGUUUAACGUACCAGCAGGUCAAGGGAGAAGACGGUCAAAAUGGCAAACAAUGAUGUUCCAGAGGACAUGGAAGUGGACGAGAAUAAUUUCCAGCCGACUCCAAGCCCAACACCUACUGAUACGUCCACUAAGGCUCUCAUGGCUUCAUCACAGGACAAAGAUGGCGUUCAAGCCAUUCUCUCUUUUAAGUGGUCAGAAGAUGUUCCACUGCAGAAAUGUCAUCACAAACUGCAGAAAGUUCUGCAGACUUGGUCCCACAUCAACAAUCUCGAUGCAGAUUUCAAAGUUUCAAAAGUCUCAGAAGAUGAUAAAGUUGAGAUACGUCUUACACCGGCUUCAGGCAAACCCAUUCCUGCGAGUGAGCUUCAGAAACUUAGUGGACAAGCACUGCACGGGAAAGAUGGGAAAACAGUCACAAUACUGUCUGUUACUCUGACACCGCUACAGCUUGAGACACAACAACCAUCAACGAACCUUCCUCCUUCACCAGAUGUAGAUGUGCCACCGGAGGAGCAGAGCAGUUCAGUUUCGACAGAAGAAGAGAAGAAAGAAGAAGUGGCAUGCAGUCUCUCAGUGGGCCCUUUCUGGUAUGUGAGCCACAUCUACAAGAAGGAAGUGGAACGUAUAGAGAAAGAGAAUGGUGUUAAAAUCACAGCAGAUGUAAAAAUUACAUUUGAAGCGACGAAAGAUGGAAACCCAGAAAAAGCUCUCUCUGAGUUUACAAGCCUCGUCCAGAAGUACUCAAGCGAUUUAGAAGCCUCACAUAUUCCUCUCAAGCAUGUAGAUCCAGAAGAGGUGAAGGAAGUGAUGAAGAUCGCUCAGAGGGAGGGGAGCAAGCUUUUGUUCACUCUAACGCCUGAAGAAAUUAUCUCAUGGGGGCCAAGACAAAGUCAAGAUACCUUCAGAAAGUCAACACAGAAAAUGUUAAAUAUCAGCACUUCUGUUGUAGAGUCUGGAGAGGUGUCUCAAGACACAUCACAGAACAUUGGCAUGAGCAUCAAAGACCCUCUGGUCAAUGCUGGGCUAACCAUGGAGGAGAACUACUGGAAGCUGAUGACUACCUCCUACCUAAAACAAGUAGCUAAGAUCAAAACUAAGUUUGGUGUUGAUUUUAAAGAAUCCGGCAUCAGUCAGGGCAAAGUUGAAGUCAAAGUUUGCUACAAAAGAUCUGGAGAAAAUGCGUCAAUGGAGAGCCACGCUCUCAGAGCCCUUCUUCAUCUGUACCAGAAGAUUGCCACAUCACCCCUGAACUUCAGCCAUCUCGCUGGUGCCACUGGGUUUAGAGGUUCACCAGAAAACCUGAGCAAAGCUGGUCCAUCAGAGGGAGGAACUGUGUGGAAUGGAACAUCCGGAAACAACACUGAAGCACCCACAGGAGGGGGAGCAACUGCAGGAGAUAAUCAAGAGGACAACUGUUCUAUAUGCUUGGAUACAUUUCAAAAUAAAAAACAGCUUAAAUGUAAGCAUGAGUUUUGUGAGGCUUGCCUGGAACAGUCAAAAGCAUCCAUGGGACCCACCUGUCCUCUUUGCAAAUAUGUAUUUGGGAUGAUGGAGGGAGACCAGCCCGAUGGAAAAAUGACAACGGAGAAGAGAACCUUCCAUCUCGAUGGAUACCGAGGCUGCGGCACUAUCGUCAUCAACUAUAUCAUUCCAGAAGGAACACAGACGGCAAAGCAUCCACAUCCUGGAAAGUACCUUUCUUCUUGUAACAGAACAGCCUACUUGCCAGACAACAAAGAGGGCAGAGAAGUGCUGCACCUGUUGGAGAAAGCGUUUAAGCAGAAGCUAAUUUUCACAGUUGGGACGUCCAGAACAUCAGGGAUGGAUGACGUGGUGACCUGGAACAACAUUCACCACAAGACAAACACUUUUGGAGGACCACACAAUUUUGGGUAUCCUGACCCUCACUACCUGGACAUAGUCAGAGAGGAGCUGAAGGCUAAAGGCAUCGAGUGAAGACUUCCAUAUGAAGUUACAGAGGAGAGUUAUUUUCUCACUAAAAUAAUAAUUAUGUAAAACAAUCAUUACUUUAAUGCUCUUACUGUUGUAUUGCAUGCCGUCUUUUCUUCUCUUGUUAUUCUUUUAAUUAUUAGUAAGGGUUGCUUUGAGUUUAUAGCUUAUCAAUAUGUAUCAUCUUCACAUAUAUAGUAUAACUUUCUUUGAUGAAGGAUAUCCUACAUUUUUGGAAAAACAAUUCAAACAUGGAUGUCGAGUAAAACAGAGUGGUGUCAUCAUUAGUUAAAAGCUUAAAUAAAAAGGUGAGUUUUAAGAAGUGAUUUAAACAAUAUCACUGAUUCUGCCAGCCUCAGAUACUCAAUUAAUUCUUAAACAGGCAGGUAGCCAGUGAAGAGAGAUUAAAACAGGGUGAUUUGAUCUAGCCUUUUGGUAUUUGUUAAAGUCUUGCAUUUCGCACAAGUCUAAGGCAAAAUAUAGAUUAUCGGCCUAACAGUAAUCGAGACGAGAACAGAUACUAGCGUGGAUGACUGUCUUCAAAUCAGACCGGGAUAUGAAGGACUGGAUUUUUUUUAAAUGAUACGUAACUAAUAAAAACAUGAUUGAAUAACUUUUGUGAUUGCAGGUUUUAUCUUUGAGGAGAGGGAGCCGAGAUGUAUUUGCGGGGACGGGGUUGGUUUAGGAUGGCCAGAAAUGAGUACUUCUGAUUUCUGUCAUUUAACUGGAGAAAGUGAUGUGCCAUCCAGCAUUUUAUUUAUUGUAUCACUGCAGUACACAUAUUUGUGCAUCAUCAGCAUAGCAGUGAUAUAAAAUAUUGUGUUUUUGUAUGAUAUGUCCUAGUGGCAGCAUGUAGAUGGAAAAUAAUAAUGGCCCAAGAAUAAAACCUUAUUAUUACCUUAACCAGUAUAAGAAUGACAUUGGCAUAUAUAAAUCAAACUGUCUACAGUACAUAUAAUUAAUUUACAAUUUCCCAAAUAAAUGAUUAAACCAA